AUGUCUCGAAGCCAAUUCACUGAGUUUAUCGACGCACCUUUCGACGACGACGAGGAUCUUGGACGCCGUUCAAUCUCUUCCUUUCUCACUGAACAAAACCAAUCUCAUACCUACGACUCGACGCCGUCGUCGUCUGCACCCUCCCGCUCGUGUUCGUCCUGGCGCAGGGAUGAGGCCCAAGCCCGUGCACUCUUACUACACACUUUUACAAUGUCCUCUGGUUCGUCCGGUGCAGAUACGUAUAGUUCGAUGUCCAGUUCAGAUAACCAAUCUUCGUCUGAGUUGGAAUCAGACACGCCACCAGAGACACCUGGUCUCGAGCUUGGAGGUUUUAAUGGAGAUGAGGGUGAUAUCGAGAAUACGCCGGUGCUUGGGCAGCUUUGGUCGUCGCGUAUCCAACCUACGUCGCUCCGAGCGCUCUCGACUGUACAAAAGGAAAGUGCUGACCAUGUUUUGGGUGCAGAGGAUGUGCUGGUCAAGGGUUUAGGAAUCGUCCAGCUUGCGUCCGACGGCACGUUUGUAGACGACGAUGCGCGAGAGUUUGGUUGGAAGCGUAGUAGACCACCUAGGAGAACGGUAGGAGAACUGCACCAAGUAUCUCCUGGCCCAUGGUUUUCUGCACCUUCAACUAGAGAUGCCGCCUCAUUCGAAGAACUCGAAGCACGAGUUUGCGAGGAAGCGGAGACCCAUACUGGCGUUUCUUCCAUCCGACGGGCACGUCGACCUCCCCCACUCAAUUUAUCUGCAUCAAAGUCGCGGAAAGAUUCGACUGUAGAUAUCAUCGCCAACGGGUUCCUUGGAGGAGGUCAUGGGACGGCUCGGACCGUCGAGCAUCCUCGUUCGGCUCCGAUAGAAAAUACAUGGAAACCAGGUCUAUCAGAAGCCGACCUCUUGCCACCCCUUCCCGCGACUGCACCACUCACCUUCAUUCCAAAGGCUCCGAGGGUCCGCCCGCUCGUCGACUUUGGUCGGUCCCCCUCUCCUCUUAUGCUUCCGUCUCCAGAGUUUCGCGGCACCUCGACUUCUACACCACUGAGCGCCAUCAGUGUACCGACACCUCCCCUUGGACAUACACCCAGCCCAACCCAGUCGUUUAACUCACGCCCACGUCUGACGACUUCACCCUCCCUCCCUUCGACUCGCGUAUCGCUUACUCAGAAGAUUGCCAAUUUACGAAGAACGUCGUUAAAUGCCCCCAUCCCACCAAGCCUUCUUAGCUCACCUCGAUUAGCCCACGUAAAGACGCCGACCGAACCACAAUCCCCAGUGUUAAGCUCUUUGCAUAGCUCGCCAACCUUUCGUGCAUCAGCGCAUUCGCCAAACCCAAAAUCUGGGCUUGCUACACCGCUCAAACGGUAUAUGAACCCGUAUUUUGACAAUGCACUCAUCUUGCAUGCGUAUGACGGUAUGAACAGGUCGGAACCCAGCUUGCCUCCUGCGGCGGCUGGGCAGAAUCUCGUUGAUCACAAGAACAUUGGCAGCCCUCCUCUCGAUGGACCCUUUUUCAUGUCUCACCUCAACCAGACAUAA